UAAGGGAAACUGGCUCGUAUACACGGUACACAUGGGGAAAACCACGAAAACGCCCAUGCAGUCAGCCCGUUUGCGGGAUUCGAGCCUCGUACCGAACUACCAGUGUUCAGCGACUUUACAGCUCGGGUGCUGGUGGGCCUUCUCUGCCAGUAGGAGAGACAUAGCUUAUCAUGUGACGUUCUUAGAAUAAAAGAUCAAAAAUGCCUUCAGAAACAAGAAAAGAGCACAAAUGCAGUCAUCACACAAGAUCUCGUUGGCAGAACUUUCAUUUCAGCGGCAAGGUCAUAAUGUGUAGUGUUUUCUUAGGCUUAGCUUUGAUACUUAUAGGUGGCCUAAUAUUAGUUAUCGGCAUCGAUAGUAAAGAUGAAAAACCUGCAAAUUAUGAGGAGAUCGAAACUAAAGCUCCAAUGUCUUACGUUGGUCCUGCUAUUAUGGGAAUAGGGGGCUUUAUAGUAAUUGUAGGGAUUGCAAUGUGUCUUGUUGAAACAAAAGUAUGCCGUAGAAGUGCUGAUGCAAGACCGCUUAUAGCUGAUCAACAAGAGGAUCCUAAUCCAACUACUGAGCCAUUAGAAGCAAAUCAUACCCAUAAUCAUCAUCGGGGAACUCGAAAAAAGUCUUCUUCACCUAGAGAGCCCAAAGUAGCAAAUAAAAAGCCACAUUCUAGGAAGAAUAGAACUGAUCAGAAAUCUCCGUCACCUGCUUCGCCUCUACCAGUUCUUUCAGAAGCAACCAUAAACGCAUCAAAGCAGUUCUUAACUGCAAGUGAUAAGUUUCUAACACCUCCCAGCUCUUUUGAAAAAGAAACAAUGACUAUGCAUUCGAAUUCGCGUGACAGUGAAACUGUAACUUCAUCGUCUUUCUUGAAAUCUUUCACAAGUUCAGAGACAUCAUGGAAUGUGAGCACAGAAUUCCAGACCCCAUCAACCUCAUUUCACGAUUCAUUGCAAUCUCCAGGACAUGAUAUGCAAGUUGAAGAAAUAAAACCGCCAAUAUCAACUUCAAAUACUCUUCCUCUAGAUUCAGAAAACUCAACUUUUAGAACGCCGGUGGGAUCAUCUGAUGAAAAAUUCUCUUCUUCUAACAUAUCGGUUUUAGAAGCAAAAUCUGUGCCUGAAAUAACUCCCAAUAACAUUGUAAAAGGAAACGAAAACCCAUAUGCUAAUACUGAAUCGAAUGAAAUUAUAAACAAUGUUUUAUUACAUGACGACAUGAGACUAAUAUCACCAAACUACCACGAGUACGAUAAAAACGUUAUUUUUGUGGAUAUGCCUAAAGAUGAUGAGCCUUCUGAUGUAAGUGUGACAGAAGAAAAUGCAGACAUAUUAGCAAGUAAGGACAAAGGACUCCAAACAUUAAAUGACCAAGAUAUAGAACGAACUAGCAAUUCGGGUGAUUUAUCAGCAAAUUUUAAUGAAUAUACAAAAGCUCAAGUAGAAACACCUGUAAUAAAUGAAAUAAAUCCAGUGUUGUCACUAUUAGAAAACAAAUCUACACAAAAUGAAUAUGUUCAUCAAAACUCAGAUAGCUGUGUCGCAGAGGACUUAAAGAAUCAAAUACUGAGUCCGGAAUUAAAGGAAGAUAAUAUUCCAAACAAAGAUCUGGAUAAACCAGUGACUGAUGCUAAUAAAGAGUCUCAAGAAAUGCAACACCUAGCCUUCAAUGUGGAGUCAAGUCUCAAACCUAGCAUGACUAAUGACAGCAAUAAUGUCAACAACAAUGGAGGAACAUCGCAAGCAGAAGAACAUUGUGAUUUUCAAAAGAGAGAGAUACUACAGUCCACUAAAUGUCACGCUAGAGCAAAUGAAGAUGUUGCUGAUAUGGAAAAAUUUAAUGAAUUAGAAAAUUUGGAAACUAUAAUUUACCGCGAUCAACAAUUAGAAAACAAUGAGGCUGCUAAACAUGUCGAUAAUUUGGGCAGUUUUUCAGUUGAAGAAAUUCAUGGAACAAAAGAAAAGAAAUCUGAAAGCUCAAUAUCAGAAAAAAACUUUUCUCACGAUGACAAAAGUGACGAAUCACCUGAAAAAACUGAUGCUGCUUCUGCAAACAUUUUACAUUUCGAUCAUUUACAGCAGGCGAGUAAUGAAAUUUUAACACACACUAAUGAUGCUACGAAAUGCACACAGGAAAUUCCAGCUGUAAAAGACUCUUCAGUCGAAAAAGAAGAAAUCGAGUCCGAAAAGGAUAUUCAAGCUGUAUCAGAAAUUGAAAUCAGUUAACAAUUUUUAUUGGGUAUGAAUAAGCGUAACAAUGUUAAAAACUUUCUCAAGGCAUUUUUGAAUUAACCAUAAUUUGUGAUUCUUUUCUUGUUAAACGAAUUUAUCAUAAUUUGUGAUAUUUACCUUGUUGAACUAUUUAACAAUAGUUUAUGAUCAUUUCUUGUUAAAGAUUACAUUUAUAAUACAAAACUAAGUCUUUGUAUUAAUAGGAAAUUGUCUUCCAGAGGAACUGAAAUGUUUUAGCUAAAUCUCAAGGAUAAUGUUUUAGAUAAAUCUCAAGUGCUAUAUUCCAAGAAGAAAUAUUCUGGAAAAUUACAAUUUUGUUCAUACAUUAUGAGAACCUGAACCAAUUAAAUUUUUAGCUGUACAUAUA